CUCCGCCAAUGUGGAGGCGGAGGGAGGAGGGCCCAAAGACAUGUCCCUUCACGCUCGCGCCAGCUGAAAAGGGAGAAGGAAACUCGCUAGAGCGUUGUUCUGCCAGCGCAGGAGGCCUCGCUGGCCCUGUCUCACCCCAGAAGCCCUCCCGUACUCCGGUACUCUGGGGGGGUGGCAGUCCCGCACCCGCCGGGCGAUGAACAUCGCAAGGAGAAGAGGCUUUUACAGACAGGAGGUGAACAAAACCCUCUGGGAGCUGCCAAGGAGAUACACGUCCCUCCACCCCGUGGGGUCCGGAGCCUACGGCUCGGUGUGUUCAGCCAUAGACAAGAAGACGGGGGAGAAAGUGGCUAUCAAGAAGCUCUGCCGCCCGUUCCAGUCAGAGAUCUUUGCCAAGAGAGCGUACAGAGAGCUCAUGCUGUUGAAGCACAUGCAACAUGAGAACGUCAUUGGGCUGCUUGAUGUCUUCACCUCUGCCACAUCCUACCAGGGAUUCCAGGACUUCUACCUGGUGAUGCCAUACAUGCGGACAGAUUUACAAAAGAUCAUGGGACAUGAAUUCAGUGAUGAAAAGAUCCAGUACCUGGUCUACCAAAUGCUGAAAGGGCUGAAGUAUAUUCAUUCAGCUGGAAUCAUCCACAGGGACCUGAAGCCAGGCAACCUGGCUGUGAACGAAGACUGUCAGCUAAAGAUCUUGGACUUCGGCUUGGCCAGACACGCCGAUGCUGAAAUGACCGGCUACGUGGUUACGCGCUGGUACAGAGCCCCAGAAGUCAUUCUGAACUGGAUGCAUUACAACCAGACAGUGGAUAUCUGGUCUAUUGGCUGCAUCAUGGCAGAAAUGCUGACUGGGAAAACGCUGUUUAAAGGAAAAGAUUACCUAGAUCAACUGACUCAGAUCCUGAAAGUAACGGGCCAUCCGGGAGAAGACUUCGUGGAGAAGCUGGAGGACAAAGCGGCGAAGAGCUAUAUCAAGUCCCUUCCUAAAAUCCCCAAGAAGGAUUUGUCUGUGCUUUUCCCCAAAGCCAAUCCUCAGGCAGUGGACCUGCUUGACAAGAUGUUGCAGCUGGAUGUGGAAAAGCGGCUUACAGCGACGGAGGCGUUGGCUCACCCCUACUUCGACCAGUUCCGAGACGUUGAGGAGGAGACAGAAGCGCAACAGUCCUAUGAUGAUUCUCUGGAACAUGAAAAGCUUUCAAUAGAUGAGUGGAGAAAGCAUAUUUACAAGGAAAUCUUGUCCUUCAGUCCCAUCGCACGGAAAGACUCAAAGAAGCGAAGUGGGAUGUCAUUAUAGCGACUGGUGUGGCUGUGACCGGGAUUCACUUCUCCUGGAUGACCGAUCGGAUUUACUCUACACUGCCUUGCUGGUGGCUAUCGUUGGCCUGUGGGACUUCUCAGUGUGCAAACACAAGGAUCACGCCAUGCUGUGGGCACUGGACUUUGUUCUACUAAAGGAGGAAGCACCCCCAAACCCUUUUCAAUGCAGAAGAUAAAUAUAUUCUCAUUGAAACUUC